AUGGGCUCCAGUCAGAAAAAGAAAAACGAAAAGAAGAAGGACUUCCAGAAAACGAAGCUCAAGGUUGGAAAGAAGAAGGCAGCCCCUUCGAAUUUUACGAAUACAAGCUUCAAAUCGAAAGCAAUCGUUUUAAAUCAACAGUCGCUUUCGACCAGUGCACCAUCCGAAUCGUCUCAAUUCACCCAUUCGCUGUCCCUACUAGGCUCUAAGACGGAUACCCAGCGCAAGGAAUCCUUGUCCCAUCUCACCACCGCUGUUGCAUCGAGGCCGGUGGAUUCACCGCUUCCACGACCAGUAGGAGUUAUCCUACCGCUCCUAUUCCCCUUAAUUCUGGACGGGAAUAAUGGAGUGCGAACACAACUACUUAAGCUGUUGAAGGUGUUCCCUCAAACCGACCUGGAAGGCCAUGCAGCUGCAUUUUUACCUUAUCUUCGAGCGGGAAUGACACAUUUGGCGGCAGAUAUCAGGCUAUCAUCAGUGGAAAUUCUCUCUUGGUUGCUCUCUAUUGCUGGACAGGAACUAGUAUCUGCUGCAGGAGGCUGGGUUAAAACGCUUAAUUGCUUCCUUUCACUUCUGGGAUGGCACACCGAAGCCUCGACAAAGUGGUCUUCCAAUAAGACCUCAUUUGGGAAGUCUGGGAGCGAAGGAAAACUAACGGCGAGGGCCCUACAAAUAUUUGCCGAGUUCCUGCAGGCAGGGAUUGGCAGGCCUGAUGCGCAGAGCCUAUUAGCGGAGGGGCAAGGGGUAAAUGAUAGCCAAGCUUGUUUCCCACUCCGCCAUGUUCAAUAUCACCUUCUACCGACAAAGCCGUCUCCGUUCGCCUACCUCGACCUAUUCGGCAGUAUUAAAAACGAGGAAGGGGACAUGUAUGAAUCUCGUGAAGACCGAUUAAGAGUUUUUACGCAGAAUUUUCACCUUCCGGUUCAACGUGGACUUGAUGCUGCCCGACAGGAUGGGGGUGAAAUUGGUCGAGUUUCCGCCGGAGCCAGAAAAGUACUUAGGGAAUGCAACUUGUCUAUCCCGUGA